AUUUUAACCAGAUGCCCCGCAAUAAAUAACCGAGCGUUUACAUCACCAAUUGUCCCCUGACAUUAGCAUUUUAAAGUGGCGGGGGCUGAUCCUCCAAACUUGAAGCGCAUAAUCUACCCCAGGUUUUGCAUCUUCGGAAUGGAUUACCUGACAUGGGUAGAUAUUCUGGAUCCUACUAAGUUUAACGGAAGUCGUACGGUUCCUCGGGGAGGUGUCACGGUGCAGAAAAAUAAUGGCAAACAAGCAGAGGCCGUAGGGAUUCCUGACUGUAGCAUCGUGGAGGGGCAGAGUCCUCCUGAAUCCACCGCAGAUCAGCUUCGCGUUACUGAGGAGCCGAGGUGCAAGACGAGGCGCAUCCGGACAGCCUUCUCGCUGGAGCAGCUGCGUGUGCUGGAGCAUAGCUUCCGGGCCAGCCAUUACCUGUCCGUCUUUGAGCGCUACGGCAUCGCCACCGCGCUCCAGCUGUCCGAGACGCAGGUGAAGAUCUGGUUCCAGAAUCGGCGCACCAAGUGGAAAAAGGAAAAUAAGGACAAUGUGGCCGAUGACCAAGAGAGAGCCGUAUCCUACUAUGGCCUACCGCACACGGACCCCGCGAGUUCACAUGGCCCGCCCACGCCUUAUUACCACACGGUCCCCAUGUGCUCGCAGCCGGCUCUGAUGCCUUCGACUCAUCACCAUCAUCAUCUUCGUCAUGUAUUUUAAAAUGAUUGAGACUUGCUGUGUUGCAUUCCUGGUUCACUAUUACCUAAAUCAGAAAGCAGGAGAUUUGAAUGCGUCCAUUGCAAAAUGUUAGAAGCGAAAACGUGUAAGUAAAUUAUUUUAAGGUGCUAAACUGUUAAACUAAUCAUGUUUUUCCCCUUUGGGUAAAUUCUUGAGAUUUUGUAUAAAAUGUUAAUAUAAAUAUAUGACUAAUAAUUGUGUUAUUUAAAACGGUUUAUUUCUAGGCCUACCUCUGAUACUUGACUAUUUCCUUGAAUAUGUUAUAUAACUUUUAAUUUGUGGAUUUUGCAAAAAAAAAAAAAAAUGAAUACAAAGCAUUCUGCGAACGACUUCUCAAAAAAGUAAUACUUUAAAAAGAUAUUUUUGUAUUGAGCUCUUGUGUGUGUGUGUGUGUGUGUGUGUGUUUUUGAUUAACUGAAAUUAUUUUAUUAAAUAAAUGUCCCAAAAAUAUA